GCCUAGGAAACACCCAGCCCUACAAAAGCUGGAUUUCUCCAGGAGAGGAAGCCAUUUCAGUCUUUGAAAAACUGCACACCAACAGGCUUGUAAAAUAAGCUUUGAGCAGCUUCACGCUGAUGCUGUUUGUUGUGCGUACAAAAGGAUGGACAUUUAGAAGGCUUGUGAUGUUCACAGAGGAGGAUGUGUGAGUGUGUGUUUGCACGCCGUGAACCUCUGAACCUUCCUGUGCUCACUCAUACAUCCCAGUGGACGUUACCUGACCAGAGCAGGGAGUUUUAGGUUUUUGCGCGUGCGUGUCUGUGAGCGCUGGAGGAGGGGGGGGCUUUUUAUUGACAUGAUCAACAAGUGCACAUGAGUGCGUUACUGAUAACAGGUGAUUCACUAGUUUGAUAAGGCUCUUGCUUUAAGCACAAAGUCCUGCCAGGUACAUCGAGCCUUCAGCCACUUCACCAAAUCCCUUCCAUCUCUCAGAGGACCCCUGCUGCUCUCAGGUCCUUGUGUUUCUCCUUCUAUCUGUUGACCACGCAGCAGCAACAUGAGUGUGGACUCCCAAAAAGCGCGUAGAGCAUGUUGCUCCAACCUCAAGCUCUUCCUGGCCUCUAUGGCAUUUGUAUACUUUUCCAAAGCCUUUGCUGGCGCCUAUAUGAAGAGCUCCAUCACCCAGAUCGAGAGGCGCUUUGAUAUCCCCAGCUCCCUCAUUGGGGUUAUAGAUGGCAGCUUCGAAAUGGGUAACCUGUUGGUGGUCGCCUUUGUGAGCUACUUCGGUGCGAAGAUGCACCGCCCCAAACUGAUCGCUAUUGGCUGUGUGAUGAUGUCUGCAGGAUGUUUCCUCAUAGCCCUGCCUCACUUCCUGCAGGGAAUGUAUAAAUAUGAGACCAGUGUGUAUCACAAUAGUGAUGUCAACAGCACUGAGAGCUUCCUGCCCUGCCUGUCCAACCACAGCCUGGCUGAAGCCGAUAAGAUGCCCGAUUUAGAGACCAGAACAGCUUGUGAAAAGGCAGCCGGCUCCUCCAUGUGGAUCUAUAUAUUCUUAGGAAACAUGCUGCGUGGAAUCGGAGAAACUCCCAUCAUGCCUCUGGGUAUUUCCUACCUGGAUGACUUCUCCAGAGAAGAAAACACUCCUUUUUAUUUGGCCUGCAUCCACACAGUGGGAAUCCUGGGACCGAUGUUCGGGUUCAUGCUCGGGUCAUUCCUUUCCAAGAUCUACGUGGACAUUGGAUCUAUGGAUUUAGACGCUGUCACCAUCAACUAUAAGGACUCCCGCUGGGUGGGGGCUUGGUGGCUGGGCUUCAUAGUGACCGGCGUCGUGAUCCUGCUGUCCAGCAUACCCUUCUGGUUCCUGCCCAAGUCUCUGCCCAAAGAGGGGCAGGAGGAGAGUAAAGGCACAGAGCUGAGCACCGUGACCGAGCAGGAGAACUUCCUGCCAGACGAAACCCAGGAUGAAGAGAAGGAGAAGCCUGUUACGUUUCAGGAGCUGGCUAAAGAUUUCCUUCCAUCUUUGAGGAGGCUCUUCAGGAACACCAUCUACGUGCUGAUGAUUCUCACAUACCUGGUUUCUGUCAACGGCUUCAUCGGCAUGAUCACCUUCAAGCCCAAGUUCAUGGAGCAGAUCUACGGCCAGUCAGCCUCUAAAGCCAUUUUCCUCAUAGGUGCAAUGAACCUGCCAGCAGUAGCUCUGGGGAUCAUCACUGGAGGUUUUGUCCUGAAGCGUUUCAAGCUGGGUGUGAUGGGCGCGGCGCGGCUGGCCUUCGGGGCGUCCCUCGGGUCUCUUUGUCUGCUGACCGUUCAGAGCUUCCUCCGCUGUGACAAUGCAGAGGUGGCAGGUAUAACCGCCUCGUAUCAGGGUGGUCCUCAGCUGUCCUAUGACCCACAGACCUUGCUGUCCCAGUGCAACAUGGGCUGUUCCUGCUCCAUGAAGCAAUGGGACCCGGUGUGCGCCUACAACGGGAUGACGUACGCCUCGCCCUGCCUGGCCGGCUGCCAAACCUCCAGCGGCACCGGCAAGGAGAGGGUGUUUCAUAAUUGCACGUGCACCGGGGAGUUGAUGACUCCUGGCAUGAACAUGUCUGCAGUGCUGGGCCAGUGCCCCAGGAUAAGCAACUGUGAUUACAUAUUCAAAAUCUACAUGUCUUUGUCCGUCCUGGGGUCUUUCAUUUCCGCCUGUGGAGGGACGCCGGGAUACGUCGUACUGCUCAGGUCGAUACAGCCAGACCUGAAGUCACUGGCUUUGGGUAUGCAGACUCUGAUAGUAAGAACUCUUGGUGGGAUUCCUCCUCCUAUAUACUUCGGAGCACUGAUUGACCAGACAUGUUUGAAGUGGGGGUCCAAGCAAUGUGGAGGCCGUGGAGCAUGUAGGAUUUAUGAUGCUGAUGCAUUCAGGAUUACGUUCUUGGGCUUGAUUACUGGACUCUACUUCCUGUCCAACAUCCUGUGGGGAGGACUUUAUUGUACAAUUGUCAAGACACACAAGAAGUCAACACUAAGGAAUCAGGCCAAGGAAAACGGACUGGAUGGUGACAAGUCGGGCAAUGGACACGCCAACAUCAGCAUUGUUAAAAACAAAGAGGACGCGGACAAUGAGAGCACUAUUUAA